AUGGAUUUCAUCAAGACCAGUUCCCUGCGUGCUCUGAUUGAGUUAACUUUCCAACGCAACUGGAAUGGCCUAAUUUGGAUGAGUAGAAAAGGAGUUACAACCAAAAGAGUGAAGACUGUCCAGACGGCUCUAUCGAGAAUCAGCGCCCAAACCGCGCAGUCCGGCUGGCCGAGAACGAUGUUUCACGCUCGGCCAAAUCACAUCCGUCCGUCUGAAGUCUCGGCCAAAGUUCCAAAACCGUUCGGCCGAUCACGCAUCACGACCCGGGAAACUAAGCCCGCGGUCGGCCACGCCACAACCGCUCACGCCACACGGCGCACGACCAUGCCGCGCGAGCCGGGAAACAAAGCCUCGCGGCCGCGCAACCUGUCUCGCGUACCACGGCCGAUGCUCCGUCCGAGCCGGGAAACUACGUCCCGCGUCCGGCCGAGAAUCAUCGGCCAAAUCUUCAUCCGUCCGACCACAGCGGCCGACCACGAAUCCGUCCGGCCACGACCGUUCCGAUCGUACGGCCAUGACCCGAUCAUCCGGCCGAUCGUCCCGACCGACCGUCCCAACGCCGCGGUCGACCCGAAGCCCAGGUCUAGGAGUUUGGUAAAACCUGACUCAACAUCAGUAGUCGCGACCAAAUUGUUGAUCGUAGCCCUUGGCUACAAGACAAGCUUUGUACCGAUUGACCGACUGAUCCGGAUUCUGCUUGAUAGUAAAAAUCCAUCGGCAACCGACCACCGUGACAUCAUAUUCUGGCAGUGGGACCAAGUCCCAACUGUGAUUUCCAAUAUGCGCAUUAAUUUCAGAGAAUUUGAACUUGAGGUUCAGAGGAAGGAGACGGGGACUGAGGUUGGUGAAGGAGAAGAAGACAAUGGUGGAGAAGAUGGCGAUGAUGGGGUCGGCGGAGUCGUCGAAGAUGGUGGAAUCGACGAAAACGGCGGAGUCGACGAAAACGGCGGAGUCGCUGAGUUUUGA